AAGACACUAGUACAAGAGCGGAAGGCGGCAUAUCGAAAGAAGGAUCUGGAAGAGCAUUUUACGGAGUAUUAUGGGGUAUUAGAGAAGUAUGGGAUCUGCUUUGAAGACAUAUGGAAUAUGGACGAAACGGGCUUUUGUAUUAGCGUUUUAAAUAGAAAGAUCGUUAUUAUAUACCUUAAUACGAAAGCUAUCUACUUGGCAGAUCCCGAUAAUCGAGAAUCACUUACUAUAAUCAAAACUGUAUCCGCUGGGGGCAAAGUAAUUAUACUAUUCCUUAUUUUAAAGGAGAAGAUCCUGGUAGAGGUAUACUUUAAUAAUAAUCUGGAUACCGAAUUAGUCUUUGCUACGAGCUCUACUGGGUAUUUAAACAAUACUCUAAGCCUGAAAUAUAUUAAGUACUUCCAUAAUCAGAUAUAUUAA